AUGUCAGAAACUAAAAUUAAAUCAGUCUUGGUCGCACAAGACAUCAAGACUUUGGAUCCAACAAAGUUGACUCCACUCUCACCAGAAGUCAUUAGCAGACAAGCUACCAUCAAUAUUGGUACGAUUGGUCAUGUAGCUCAUGGUAAAUCAACUGUAGUAAAGGCUAUUUCAGGUGUACAAACUGUCAGAUUUACAUCAGAAUUUAAGCGUAAUAUUACCAUCAAGUUGGGUUAUGCCAAUGCUAAAAUAUACAAAUGUACCAACCCAGAAUGUCAUCGUCCAGGUUGUUAUAGAUCAUUCCGUUCAAAUACUGAAGACUCACCAUUAUGUGAUCGUCCAGGUUGUGGAGGUCAUAUGCAAUUACUUAGACAUGUUUCAUUUGUCGAUUGUCCAGGUCAUGAUGUUUUAAUGGCAACAAUGCUUAACGGUGCUGCAGUUAUGGAUGCUGCACUUUUAUUGAUUGCAGGUAAUGAAUCAUGUCCACAACCACAAACCAGUGAACAUAUUGCCGCCAUUGAAAUUAUGAACCUCAAGAACAUUAUCAUUUUACAAAACAAGAUUGAUUUGGUCAAGGAAGCAGCAGCCAAGGAGCAAUACGGACAAAUUCUCAAGUUUAUUCAAGGAACAGUAGCAGAGGGAGCCCCAAUCAUCCCAAUCUCUGCCCAAAUGAAGUACAAUAUCGAAGUUAUUUGCGAAUACAUUGUCAAGAAGAUCCCAAUCCCAGUCCGUGACUUUACCUCGGAUCCAAGAUUGAUUGUCAUUCGUUCGUUUGAUGUCAACAAGCCAGGUGCUCGUGUUGACGACCUCAAGGGUGGUGUUGCCGGUGGUUCCAUCCUCAAGGGUGUCCUCAAGAUUGGUGACGAAGUUGAAGUUCGUCCAGGUGUCAUCACCAAGGAUUUGGAUGGUCGUAUGAAAUGUUUGCCACUCUUUUCUCGUAUCCUUUCACUCUAUGCCGAAGAAAACGAUUUGCAAUACGCCGUACCAGGUGGUUUGAUUGGUGUCGGUACCCGUAUCGAUCCAAGUUUGUGUCGUGCCGAUCGUCUCGUCGGUCAAGUACUCGGUGCCGUCGGCAAGUUACCAGAAAUUUUCAUCUCACUCGAAGUUAACUUCUUCUUGUUGCGUCGUCUUCUCGGUGUCAAGUCGGAAGGUGGUGAAAAGCAAAGCAAGGUCAGAAAGCUCGCCAAGGACGAUACCCUCAUGGUCAACAUUGGUUCCACCUCGACUGGUUGUCGUGUCACUGCUGUCAAGCACGAUCUCGCUAAAUUAACUCUCCUCACUCCAGUAUGCACAAUGGAAGGUGAAAAGAUUGCCCUCUCUAGACGUGUUGACAAGAAUUGGCGUUUGAUUGGUUGGGGUACCAUUAAAAAGGGUACUUUGAUUGAAGCCUAA